CUUCAUUUUCCAAGGGCCUUUGGGAUGAUGCAUUUUGAACAAUUUCUUUGCCGUUUUUUUCCUUUUAUUCAGAAGGCAUCUGUUGGGGUCACUGUUCUUAAUCUCUGUGCUCUAAGUGUGGACAGAUACCGAGCAGUUGCUUCCUGGAGUCGUGUUCAGGGAAUUGGUGUCCCUUUGACUACCGCUAUUGAAAUUUUUUGUAUUUGGAUUCUUUCCUUCAUCCUGGCUAUUCCAGAAGCAAUUGGUUUCACCAGUGUUGAUUUUGUUUAUAAUGAAAAACGGCUCAAAACCUGUUUGCUAGUAGCAAGCAACAAGUUCUUGGAA